AUGCCCAAGCAAGUCGAUAUCAUACUUGGCCGGUACUGGCUCAAAAGUGGAGUCCGUGGCCGCAUAUCCCUUGUUCUCCGCCCUGUGCAAUUUCUCUUCGCUAUGAUCGUUGCCGUCCUGUACGGCAUCGAUCUAGCCCAUGCGACAAACACAAACAACACCGCCCCAGCGGAGUGGGUGUAUGCUGAAUUAGUUGUCGCCUUAUCUGCCAUCACCUGCGUUGUGUAUUUCUUUAUUCCUGUCAUCCACGCUGCGUGGUCAACUUGGGAUGGGAUUUUAUUUGUCUUCUGGCUCGCCCAAACGGGUGUUUUCGGAAAUAUCUACAUCUCCGGCACGCUAGACGAGAACUACAAGCAUGCCAGUUCGUCCAUUCCUCGAAUGCGCUCUGCUGUCUGGAUUGACCUGAUCAACAUGUUGUUAUGGCUUUUCACCUUCAUCCUGGGUAUCAGUUGUUGUUGCCGUACCCGGAAUUCCGGACGUCAAGGAGACGAGCUGGGCAGUAACAAAGACUACUUGAUGAAAAACGACGAAGAAAAAUGUCUUGACGACAGCAAAGACGACUUGAUCACAAAUUAUGAGAAAGAGUGUGCUCCACCAGAAUACAAGGAGAACCCUGAUGAGGAUUUGGCUGCUAGUCUUGCUGCCGCUGAAAAGAAAGUUCAUCAAUCGGACUAG